GCAAAUCUUACAAGACUUGUAACUGUUGUAGAACUUCGAAAACUAAUAACAAAACUACUAAGCAAAGUGAAUUAGUUGGCGAUUCUAAUAUUGAACAACCUACAAUCGAGCUAAUUUCUUUUCAAGAAAUUAGCAAAUAUAUUAUCGAUGCAAUUGAUGACUUGGAAUACAAUGCUGAACUUUCGCUUUCUUUUUGUGUUUAA